AUGUGCUCAAUCUUGAGAGCUUCCAACCGUCCUGCUUCAUGGACUCUGGACCAGCCAGAGUCUUUCGUCGACAAUGAAGAAGCUAUCAACUCAUGCGAGUUUCGCACUUCCAACAUCACCACCUCUGAGUUUUCCUCUGCUGGCUUCCAGAAAGUCUCAGAGACGUCUACCGAGAACAUUGAACUUGCUCUUUCUGGUGCUAGCAUUUCACCUGAUUCCAACAUGACCCACUCCAUCGUCAAGAUCGAGGCGCGCUUCGAGAAUAACGUCACAGGAGUUUCUGUUCAGAAAUUCAGCACUGGACUGCUUGUCAACCCUGACCUCGUCGUCACCGGAAGCGAAGCUGUCUUUGAUGACGAGUACCAUCUUGGCGCUGCUAAGCAGGUUACUUGUUACCUCGGCUAUCGCAGCCGUGGAUCUGCUGAGAGUCAGCGACGAUACGGCCAACGUGUUGUUUUCUCCGCCGACUGGGCUGAGGAUUCUGGUAGACGUUCUCGGGAUAUCGCUUUCAUUCAGCUUGCUCAGGCUCCUGCUGAGGCAGCUCCAGUCCAGGAAGAGCCUGUCGAGCAAGUCCCUGUUCCCGUUACUGAACCGACCGAAUAUGUUAGCGACGAGACCCAAGUCCCCGAACCCAUUGCUCAGCCCGAGUCAGAGCCAGCUAUUGAACAAGUCGAGGCUCCAGCCCCUGUUUGUGUAGAGCCUGCUGUCGAGGAGCCCGUAUUCGACUUCCCUGCUCCCGCAGUCGAACCUGUCUCCGAGCCUGCUUCUGAGAGCGGCUACGUUGAGGUCCAAGUUGUGGAUGAGACACCCGAUACUUCCGUCGCUGAAGAGACCGAUCCUUUCUACGAGACCAUCAAGACCAUCUCACAGAUUGACACCAAGACUCUCGAUAUCGAGUCAUCGCUUAUUGACGAUGUCGGUCAAUUUGUCAGCGUCGCUGCUGGAGCUCUCGUCCAUCACGUCACUGGCGCAGAGGCCAUCAUGAGUGGCAAGUCAACUAAACUCGCUGGUGUCUCUGAGCGUGCUCUCCUUGCCGAAGCAUCUCUUCAGGCUGUUCUCGCCAUUGAGCAGUCUGAUGAACUUGACGAGAUUGUCGCAAACAUGAAGCAGAACUGGACUGCCAAUGCUCCACAAGUCGACCAGCUCUCUGUUCUUCUUGCCCCUUACCUCGCUGAAGCUGCCCGAUGCAUUAUCGAGUACUAUCAGGAAGAUGACAUUGCACAGGCUGCUACAGCCAAGUCUUCCAAGCGCCGAAACCUUGGUCUCCGACAGUUCCCUACUCAAGAGAACACCAAGGCCUUUGUCAAAGGUAUCUUUGGUCCUACCCUCCUUCUGUCUGGUCGCCAAGACGUCUUCUCUUCCCUUGGUCCUGUUCUUCGAAGUGCCGUCUCUGCUGUUGAACAGAUUGUGUGCGAGGCUGGAAAGACUGCUGUGUCUGAGAUUACGCCCAAGCUUCUUGAAAGGUACAAGGGAGCUGCCCCCGCACCCGGCGACGUCCAAGCCACUCGUGUCCUCGUCGAACGUGCCAUCAUGGCAGAUGUCGCCUACCAGGCCCUUUCAACCCUUUCCCAGGAGAAGCUUCAGGCUCUCAAGGUCAUUCCCCUCGACAAUGAGAUUCCCCAGUGCGAUAAUGUCUUUGACUUGAUCAAGUACAUCAUUCAGAAGAUCGGCCCUGUUUGUCUUCACGAUGCCAAGCAGGCUAUUCACAAGUUCUUUCCUCUUCUUCUCGAUCCUGUCAACACAGUCAAGCCCACUGUGGCCGUUCCCGUCAAGACUGGCAGCAGCAAGCUUGCUCUUCGCGAUUUCCUCAGUAGCAAGAAGGGCUCUGUCAAGACUAUCUAA